UCCCUUCGAUUACUAUAUGUGUAUAUACGUAUGUAUAUAUACAUAUGUAUGUAUGCUAAAUAUUUUGAAACUUAUUUUAAAUUCACUUUUAAAGGUAAACAAUCCCUUAAAAACGACUGGAACGAUUUGUUAUUCGAACUGAAGAAAGCAGAAAAAUUGUCAAAUCCAGUAAGCGGCGGCGUCGAGAGCAUUUCGGGAGAAACUCCAAGUGAUUCCUUGGCCGCGGAAUCAACUCGCGAAAAACCCGAUGGACCAGAGGAACAAAUUUUGUCAGAGACUGACGUAAUGUCAGAUAUUAAUAAUUAUAUCAAUGGAGUGACCAAAACUUCAGGUGUGUCAUCAAACGCUCAACGAAACGGUCCUGAAUCCAACAAAGAAGCAGUCUCAGCCAGUUCUGAAGCAAAGAAACAGAACAUUUCUCUUGGUCCAGUAAACUCUGACAAACCCUCUAACGACAUUUCUUCUCACGAAGUUAAACACGACGCGAAUAACGACAAGCAUACAGACGAGACAAAAAACGACAGUACUAAUGAACGACCGCUUAUAAAUAACGACAGUAACUUUGAUAAAAUUAACAAAAUUUCUGGUAACAAGGAAAAUAACGACAGUUUUGAAAAUAAUAACGACAGUUCGAUACUUUCUCACGAAGAAGGUGCAGUAACUAACACCUCUGGCACAAAACGACAGUUAAAUAAUGACAGUACUUUAGACACAAACAAGCAUGAAAAUGUGGCUCGAUCGAUGUGAAUCAAGCAACCAGGCCGAAGCAAAUCGCGCACAGGCAACGACGAAGAAUCACCCGAGUUCGAAACCCUCAGCCCAAGCGUCAGUUCAGUUUACCAACUCGAACCAACGCAAAUGGAUUAAUGAGAGGUGCUACGA